CUCUUUCAAUAGACGAGCAUCGAUUUUCAAGCGGUGGCUUCGCUAGAACGUGUUUCGCACAGGGAAUCUGUCCUGGACGUGGAAUAAGGAGGAGACCAGAGCAACAUGCCAUUGUAUCGGGAUAAGUUUGCCAGCUUAACAAGCAUUUAGUUUCCCGUGGAUCGGCAGUGCGCGUGGAUUAGGAUAAUUUGAUCAUCAACCCCCUGGUGACGACAGCCUUUCUUGAAAUACCCAGCCUCACCUUCACCUGCAGCUGCCAAGUGUGCUGCCAGUAUGGAUGGGGAGCCCCUCUCAGCCCUGUGUUCCCCUGCCCUGGUGGUGGAUGUGGACAAAGUGAGGAGAAACGCAGAGAGGAUGAUUGAACGCUGUCAGGAGCUGGGGGUCCAGCUUCGGCCACACAUGAAGACACACAAAACCCUUGAGUGUGCUGACAUCAUGACGGGUGGAUCACGCAUGUGCAUCGUGGUGUCCACACUCGCAGAGGCCUGUUUCUAUGCUGACCACGGAUAUGAUGACAUCCUCUAUGCUUACUCUGUUCCCUUUGAUAAGGUAGAGCGGUGUGCAGCCCUGUCAGAGAGGCUCGAUCUCUUCCAGGUGUUGUUGGAUCACCCUGAUGCUCUUGAACAGCUCAGAAAGAGACCACUGAGAGACGGUCGGCAGUGGCACGUCUGGCUGAAGCUGGACUGCGGCAACGGGAGAGCCGGUGUGCUGCACUCAGAUCCCGAGGCGCUCACAUUGGCCCGGGCCAUCGCGGAGACGCAGGGUGUGCAGCUAACAGGAGUGUACGCCCACUGUGGGAACUCCUACAACUGCAGAGGAGUGGAGCAGGUACAGACUGUCGCCCAGGAUACCACCAGCUUGACUCUGCAGUUCAUGGAAAAACUGAAGGCUGUGGGCAUCACCUGUAAGUCCAGCAUUGGCUCCACCCCCUCCUGCAGUCACCCGGUCAAAGAGAUGGCGCAGCUCAGCGAGGUGCAUCCCGGAAACUACGUCUUCUAUGAUGUGCAGCAGUCUGUGAUUGGCUCGUGCAGUCUGGAGGACGUAGCUGUGAGGGUUCUGACAAGGGUCAUCGGACACUGUUGCCACAGGAACCAGCUCCUGAUCGACUGUGGCUGGAGCGGAAUCAGUCUGGAUGGAGCUGGAAAACUUCCUACUGGAUAUGCUGUGAUUGAAGGACAUCCAAACCUCAAGUUGUUGUCCAUGACCCAAGAGCAUGGUCGAGUGGAGCCUGCCUCAGGACAGCUGGACUUCAGCAAAUACCCCCUCGGCACUCAGCUCAUGCUGAUCCCCUACCAUUCUUGUGCAACCGCAGCGAUGCAUCCCGUGUACCAUGUGCACUCCGGGGGGCGUCUGCUGGGGAAGUGGACACCCACUCGUGGGUGGUGAACAGCUGUCUAGCUUUCCAGCACAUUAACAAAGGAAAGAAGGACUUGUUGGAGCAACUUGUGACAUCCAUACUAGUAGAUGUCUGUGGCUGCAGAGUAAUCAUAUCUUCUGUGUCUGCUCCUUUUGGGGCAAAAGAUACAUAUGAGAAAGAAUAGAAUAUAAAUCCAAAUGGAACAUCUAGAUUUAUUCCAAAACCACAGGUUAAAUAAGACAUGGUGCUUUUGUAGACCUACUCCCAAAAUGUAUCUGAAUGAAUGUCGCCUGAUAAAUGUCACAGAUAUACACACCAUGCCGUCUCCUCAUCAUUUAUCAAUGUCACUUUGCAGUGUUUUGAAAUGUGUCAGUGUGGGGAUUUGACCAAAACAUUGUGCUAUUGCAAGGACAGAGCUGACUUUGCAUAGAAGGCUGAAAACAAUGGAGAAAAACAAGUAUGAUGCUAUGGUCAGCCAAUUAUCUGCAUGUUCCCACUUCGUGGUAAAUAAAAACUCUUCAUGACGAUGCA